ACUCAUGUGCGGCAAAGCAUCGCUUCUUUCAAUUUUAUAUUGUUUGUUUUUAUUUUUUUUAUUUAUGCUAAGGUAAUACUGCAGUUAUCGUUUCUUUAUAACAAGUUUCAAUGCAAUAAUAAUAAUUUAACUUAAAAUGACUGCUGCAAAAGUUUGUAGGGUUUGUUUACAAAUGGGUGUUAAUUUGUUAAAGCUGCACUCUGGGUCUUUAGAUCAUUUUUAUGAAAUUUUAACUGGAAUCUGUGUAGAACAGUUAAAGUUGCCAAUGUAUGCGUGCCAAGAGUGUGCUUUGUUAUUGAAGAAGUAUUAUUACUUUAGGCAAAAAUGUAUGAGAGCCCUUAUGGUUUUAAAAAGUAUUCUUCAUUACCAAGAAGAGAUAACUGAAAGAGAUAUAUUAAAAAUUGAUAGAGAAGCCAUACUCUUAAAUACCACUCUGACACUUUCCAAAAAUGUUUGCGACAUAGAUAUUGAUCCUACUAAGAAUAACAUUAAAAACGAUGAGGUGGAAAUAAAAACAUUUCCUAAUGUUCCUUUGGAUAAUUUGUUCUUUGAUAUGGAUCCAUUUGAUACUGGACCAGAUAAAGAGUGGCCAAGCGAUGAUGAUUUUAUUGGUACAAAAGAUGAUGAUUCUGAAGAUGAUUUAAUUGCCUUAAGCAAGCUUGGUGUUGUUAAAGUGGAAUCAAAAUCAACUGAAAAGCAGAAAACUCCUACGAGGAGACCUAGAAAAACUUUAAAAAAAGAAAAGCCAAUAGUGUCAAUAUCAAAACAGCAUAAAAUAAGAAUUAGAAAGGGAAAAGGUUUUAUAACUCCACAGGAUAUCAAUUUGCCUAAAGACAUUGAUUUAAAGUUUGACGAUAAUUUUACAGUUGCGGAGACAACAAAAGAAGAGCAAAUUGAGGAAAUAAAAAAGCGUCAAGAUUCAGAACGUUUCCGCAAAGCUGAGUUCAAGUGUGAAAUGUGUUACAAAUGCUUCAGUAAUGAUAAACUCUGGCAAAUGCACAAGGAACGACACGAUCUUUCAGCAGGUGAGGCAGAGUGCGAGAUUUGCAAACUUCGAUUCAGUCGGGCAGCUCUCAAACGGCAUAUGUAUUCCGUUCAUAGCAAGAAAUAUCUUUGCAAACAGUGCCCUUUUAUUGCCUCUACAUUCAAUCGCGCGAAGCAGCAUAUGUUACAACACAAGGGUGUGAAGUACAAGUGUCCGCACUGUGAUGAAGUUACUAAUAAUUUAAACGCAAUUCUUGGUCACGUACGCAAACGUCACGCGUCGGAUAUUCUGUGCCGUUUUUGCGGACUGCCUUUUGUCUCACGGAUGGGACUCAUUCGGCAUAAGGCGUUGAUGCACAGAGACCGAGAUGAGAUAACAGAGAUAGAGGACAAUCCGGACGCCCCGCACUGUAGGGAGUGUGAUAUGAAGUUCGCGAAUGAAGAGGCGUUUAAAAGACAUCACCUCACGGCCAGAAAACAUAAGGAUGCGACGAAAAAUACGAUUGGAUGUCGCGAAUGUGGGGAGACGUUCGCGAAUAAGAAGGAUCGUCGUGAACACAGUUCUAUUUACCACAAACGAACACAUGUGUCUAAACCCGCACCUGCCGAAUGGCCUGACAAAUGUCCUCUUUGUUCGGAAGUGAUAACUAGUGCGCGCUCGUUGUGGGCCCACUUUCGCAUGAACCAUCCCUACGAGGAGUACCCGCGGGAGAGACCUUUUAUCUGUGACGUCUGUGGAAUGCGAAUGCGGUACAAAAAAGGCCUAGAAGCCCACAUGUACACACACUUAAAAGAAAAGCCCUUCAAAUGCCUUCGAUGCGGUAAGGGAUUCAACAGUGCGGGAAAUCUUGCGACGCAUCAUGGGUCCGUGCAUUCCGAUCUACGUCCGUAUGUGUGUACUGUUUGCAACCGGGCAUUUAAGAAGAAGAAUACCUUGAGGUGUCACUUUAUGACGCACACUGGCGAGAAACCCUACCGGUGCGAGAUCUGUGGUCACGCGUUUACUCAAUCCAACAGCUGCAAGAGCCACAUUAGGAAAGUGCAUGGAGAGCAACCGCCCAAGAUUGUCUCACGCAAUAACUACUCAAACUAAAGAUCCUGUGCUAGUGUUAUCAACCUACCUAGAAUGAAAAUUAAGCUAAGAUAAACGAAAUAAAAAAAGAUAAAUAUGCCAGUACUGUCAAAGUGACAGUUGAUGCUCUGUGGAUGACAAUAUUGUUCCAUAUUCAAAAUGUAAAAAACAAAAAACUAAAUUGUGGGGUUAAUUGUGAUUGGGCAAACGUAAGGUGACGUAUUAUUUCGCGUAUUGUUAUUUUGUACAAAUUAAACUUGGCAUUCCACGUGAAGCGAAUAGAUAAAUUUUGAUGUUUCCGAUUUUAGUUAUAUACGAUUGAGUCGAGUUAAGAACUAUACAAAAAAUCCAAAAAUAUCCUUAGGAAACUUCUUAACUAAAGUAUACUUCGUGAACUUGUGUCUAAAGUAAUGCAUACUUAGUCAAUAUUUCAAUGCCCUUUAGCUCUGUUACUAUACAUUAUACUUGAAAAAUAUUGUAUAUCUGGGUUCAACACUUUUAUAUAUGUGUGUGUGUGCUUAUAACUGAAUCGAAUAUAACUAAAAUAAAAAGCAUCAACAUUAAAAAAAAUAGUACCGUAAAAAUGCAACAAAAACAAACUCAUUAAAAUCGGUCAACCCAUUGUGGAGAAAUUUGAUUACAAACAUUGAACGAAAUUAUUAUUUACAAUUAGCGGCGUAUUUGACUUGCUAUUACUAACUGAACUACACCAGAAAAGAGCGUACCAAUCUUUUUUCAGCAACGCAAUCGCGAGCUCUGACAUUGAGUGUCCAUGGGCGGUAUGGUAUUACUUUAAGGGGUGAGUCUCCUGCUUGUUUGCCCUCUGUUCUAUAAAAAUACUCUCUAAAAUCGAUGAUUAGACUUAUGGACUAGGCCCUAUUGAAGAGAUCCUAAUUUCUGUACUAAUUUCAAUAGAAUUUAUGUAGUACUAAAACUCUGUAUUGAAAUAAGAAUGAUUUGUGAAUGAAAAUAAAGUUGUAUUUAUAGAAAAAUUGAAACUAGAUAAUUGUGUGUUAAUAAUGAUAUAUUAGUCUAUAUUUACAAAUUAACUUUUUACAAUACUCAAACUUAUUUAUCUCUUCAUUAAAAAUAUAUAGAAAA